AUGCGCGAAGGUAGUAGCGCCGGUGUCGCGCUGCGUGAGACCAUCCAACUCGCCGUCGCCACCGAGCAGAUGGGUUAUCAGCGUUACUGGGUCGCCGAGCACCACAACCUACCCAACUUCGCCGGCACCGCUCCCGAGGUGAUGAUAGGCCAAAUCGCCGCUCACACCAGUAGUAUCCGCGUCGGUUCCGGCGGCGUUAUGCUGCCCCACUACAGCUCCCUCAAGGUUGCCGAGACCUUCCGGAUCCUCGACUCGCUGUAUCCCGACCGUAUCGACCUGGGCAUCGGCCGUGCUCCGGGCAGCGACCAGAUGACCGCUGCGGCCCUCGCCUACCCCAGUAUGCCCAAGGACGUCCGCCAUUUCCCUCAGCAGGUCCGCGACGUAAUCAACUACUUGAACCACACCCAGCCCGACGACCACCCGUUCAACGAGGUUCUGGCCGCCCCCGAGGAGUCCGAAACCGUGCCCCACGUUUGGCUGCUGGGUUCCCGAUACGAGUCCGCCUUCAUGGCCGCCAAGAUGGGACUGCCCUUCGCUUAUGCCCACUUCUUUGGAAUGGGCGCCACUGACGGCCCCCAGAUUGUUGAAUCCUAUCGGCAGAAUUUUGAAGCUUCCGAUUACCUUUCGGAACCGCUGGUCAACGUUGGCGUCCAGGUGCUGUGCGCCGACACCGAGGAGGAGGCCACGCGCAUCGCAUCCAGCCGGAACCUCGGCCGCCUCCGCUCGGUCACCGGCCGCGCCAAGGGCAUCCCGUCACCUGAUGUCGCCGCUAGCUACAAGUACCUGGCCAACGAGUGGCAGUUCAUCCAGCAGUACAGCCGUAACUGCGUGGACGGCGACCCGGAGCAGGUCAAAGCGGGACUGGAAAAAGUCGCCGAGGACUACCAGACCCCCGACCUCAGCGUGGUCACCAUCUGCUAUUACUAUGCCGACCGCGCGCGCUCCUAUGAGUUGGUGGCGCAGGUCUGCGGGCUCGAACCCCUCGAACAGCAAUAA